AAAAUAAACAAGCACAUAAAGCAGUCAAUCAAAAUACACUCUUGCCAGAGGUACUGAAGAAACACCUCUCAGUGGUGCACAACAGGAAAUGUUAACUAUGGUUCAGUGACUUCAGUGACAGCGUCACAACACAACGGUACAACACCUUUCUAUUGGGGGUAGGCAAAAGACGGAAAAGGCAGUGAAACCUGACCCCCCCUCCCAAAGUACUGAAUUUCUAAGGAUCAAAUAUUAUAUAUUAACCAAUUUUAAGAAAACUUACAUAAUUCCACCAUCAGUCUUCAAACUCUAUUUCUUCACCCUGUCAUCUUAGUGUCAACUCUAGCCUCUUCCUCACAUCUCAAACUUUCCAGGUUUUAUUAUUCACUUGAAUAGUUAUGCAAAUUCUUUAAAACUUAAUCACCCAAAAGUUGUACAUAGUACCAUCAUUCAUUCACAGUAAGAGCCUAAGUCACAACUACAAUGAGUAUUCUCCUUUGAUGCUGGAAAAAUGGUAUUAGAAGUCUCAACUUAAUAGAUGCACUAUAAUUCUGGACACACCAAAUUGUUUUUGAAGGGGGAAAAAUUCCUAUCUGUGUUUAAACCUGAUUUAAACACUCCCCAAAAGCAAGUUUUACAAUUACUGAGUUAAUUAGGCUGAGUUUAAAAAUUGAGAUAAAAGGGCACUCAAAAGUGAAUAGCUUUCAAACAGUUUUUUGAAGCCACCUGUUUGGAAAUUAUUGAAGAUAGUAAUAUUAAAAAACAGUUUACUCACUACUUUAAACAGAACUUUAAAAAAAGUAAUGCAAUCACAUUCAAAAAGUAUUAAAACCGGUACGAGACACCCUCCUUCCCCCCCCCCCCGCAAAAGAACCCAUCCACCAAAUUCCCUUCCCAAGAGACAAUCACCCUUUCUUUUAAAAUUCCCGAACAUUUUAAAGAGGUUAAUGCAGAAGUCCUUCAGCUGCAGAAACUUACCAGAUCUUAUAAAUUUCACUAUGCAGCUGUAGGAAUCCUACUCACCUGAAUAUUUCAAACCUUUCCCUCACCACCUCCUCCCCUGUAAACAAAACAAUUUGUUCACUUGAUUCCUUUAAGCUUGAGGAUAUUUCAUAUAAACAGUAUUCACUAAUAUUUAAUUUCACACAAUCUAAUUAUCAGUGCAACUGUUAAGGGUAGCAUCUCAAAAGAGUAAAAUUUUUUCCCUAGAAUCCACGCAUUUAAAAUAAGCUAACGUAGAAAUUAUCCAAAUGUGGUUAUUAAGCAAAUACCUCUGGCAUACGAAUCACAUUUGGUACUUGGUUCGCUGUUUUUUUUAAACGCCAUCCUAAGUGCCACUCUAGACACAGAUGUUCAAAAUAGGAAUACAAAUUUUUAUCUGACGUUACAACUAAUUCUUAUGCACACAAAUAACUGGGAAGAACUUUUAAGAGAAAGGAAACCCUGGGUUUGAAUCCCUAGUCUGCCACUCACUUGCUACUUAAUUUAAGCAAACUACUUAACCUCUGCAUUUUUAACUGUAAAGUGCAGCAGUGGUUACUUAUACCUCACUGGACUGUUAAGGAAUCCGUGCUUGGUCUGCAACAUGGCAAUCAUUCAAUGGUGGCCAUUGUUAUUGGAUUUUAAGGGGCCCUAUAAAACUAAUGAAAUAACCCACAAACAAAAUAACAACCUUAAAGGAGAGGAAACCAUCCUCAAUCUUGAAAGGAAAUAAGGACUGUUACAAGUCUUUUUCAAAGUCAACAAAGGCUUAAGUUUUCAAGUGUCCUUAGGAACUGUCUAAAGCAGAGAGAGAGAGGGAAAAAAGGGGUCUUUGGAAAUGUUUACUAGGAUAUGUGAUUAGCUAGACAAUUAAAAAAAUAGUUCUAGAGUCACCCUGAAAGUAGGCUUUGAGAAAAAAGUUGAGACAUUUUGGAGAUCUUUAUCAUUUUCUUAACAAAAACAGGCAGCAACCUAAAAACUGUUUUCUACAAAGGGGAAUUUAAGAACAGAAUAGGAAAAAAUAGGGAGGCUCUAACCUCAAAUGUUAACUUCCUCAUGAAAAACUUAAGAACUUUGCAAAGCCAAUCUAAUCUGUUGUGAAAAGACCGUAGAUGUGGUGGCUUUAUUUCAUUUAGAACAUUACUUUUUUUCAAUGUAAAGGUACUGUUUCAGGAACAAAUACCAAAAAAAAAGACAGAAACUGACUUAUCUUUACUAUAAAUCGUAUUAGCACUUUCCAAGAAAUACUAGGCAAGCAAACUAGUUCUGAUUUUUGGAUCAGCCUAUAUCAAUGAGACCUAUAUAAAAACAACAAACAUAGCCUAGAAAAAAAAUACCAAGCUGUUAACACAAUUUUAAAUCAGGAUAAAGUAAGCAGAUUCGGAAAACAAACUAUUUUAUAGGGUGACUCUCCACCCCGUGUGUAUGAAGAGUACACAAUAAAGAAAGCCAUACUCUAUUAUCUCUUCAAAACUCAAAAUUUGAACCUAGAAUUCUAUUUAUAAAACAAAACCAAGACGAACUCUAAACACAUAAAAAAAGACAAUCUGCUCUAAUACCUUAAUAAAGCUGUCUCGGCAACUACCUAAAUGGCAUUCCCUAAUUAUUCAGGAUAAUCCACCUCAACCUUUCUUUGCAACAGUGUCAUGGCUAAUCAGAAUGCUUUUUAAAGAAUUCCUAAUGUUAGCACCAAUUAAAAUACCAGCAGUUGAAAUACUAAAAUAACUUUAGUCAGUUCUAUAUGAGAUUUUAAAUAUAAUUUCCUAAACAUUAUGCUAAGUGAAAAAAGCCAGUCACAAAAGAUCACAUGUUGUUGUGAUUUUAAAUGGGUGAAGUCUAUGAUAUGGGAACUGUAUCCCAAAGCUGUUAAGAAAAAGCAUCUAACAACAGAGGCCAAAAGAGAUAAAAUUCCUUUAUAACGCAGAGACAUAUACUAUUUUCCGAAGUAUAAUACAUACAGUAAGGGUUUGAUGCAUUAAUAACUUUCUAAAUGGUAGUCCACUGCUGCUAAAAAAUGAGAAGGAACUUCAAAAUUUGGUCAAUAAGUGGUGAUGAAAUUCUUAACAGGUAAUUUUACAUCAUUUCCCUUUCACUGUGCUUGCUCCUUAAUUGAAUUUUUUAUUUUUUUGGCCGCACCGUGAGGCAUGUGGGAUCUUAGUUUCCCGACCAGAGAUGGAACCCGUGCCCCCUGCAUUGGGAGCGCGGCGUCCUAACCACUGGACCGCUAGGGAAGUCCCAUCAUUAAUUUUAAAUAAAAACAAAAUUAGAGACACCUCUAGUACCUAAAGGUGGUGAGGUCUCUAAAAUGAUCAAGUUCUUCUCUAGAACAAUGUUACCAGCCACUGCAUCUCAGCCAAGAACACCAGAAGAACACAGUUAUUAAAAAUAUAAAGGCAAUUAGAUGCAUUUCCAGAUUAUGAUGCAGAUGAAAAAGAGGGCAGAAAAAAAAGAUUUAUAGAGUAAUCCAAUCAGGGAAACUGUUACAUCACAUACUAGGAAACUAGUAUAGGAAACUCUGGGCUGUCUUUUCAAAGUCCACAAGAAUCAUAAAACAUCUUCACCAACAGGAAGAGUUUUUUGUUUUUAAAGCUGGAAAAAUAGGCUGCCUGUCCCUUUUGUACGGUCUUCAGCGAAAAUUACAGAACCAGUUCUCCGACUGUUCCAAGGACCGAAAAUCAUCACAGCAUCACAUGACUGAACUUGCAGUUUGUCUUUCUGUUGAGCAGGCUUAUUUUCUUGGUCAAAACGUUACUACAGUCCUACACCAAAUAGAAAACAUGCUUAGCUACCAAAAGAAAAUAAACCCUAACUGUAUUUUGAAGAAUCUUACUUCUACAGCCUUAAUGCCCAAACAAUCUCUGCACAAAAUCCAACCCUUGGAGAUUUAAUAAUUCAAUACCUAUACACACAGUUUUGCCAUCACUGGUUGUGUUUUAACAACCGUUUCCCCAAAAUAAAACUCCUACUUAAGUUCUAACCCAAUCAAUAUUUGCCAAACUACACAAAACCAUUGCUAAACCAUCCCACCCCCGCCCACAGGUUCCAAAAGCCUAGUUCCACAGUUCACUGGAUCCAGACGACCUAUUUGAAAUAAGUCCAUUUCACAUUCCUAUCUGGUAAGUCACCCGCUUUUCUGCUUACAAAACAAUUACCCACAAAGUCUUUCGACGUUUAAGAGAAGCGUGGAAAAAAAAACCCUUUGGAAAAUGAGUACGUACUCUUUUCGAAGUUCCAAAUCUGGACUAUAAGGGCCGGCUAAGCGUCCUUUAUUCCGCCCCGGAGACUUUCCGUUUAUCUAGCUGCCCUAGAGACCAAAGAGCUAGGGAGAGUACGCCCCUUCCCCCCCUCCCCGCCCGGCAGCCAAGCCUGGCUUAAAAACCUUCGCCACCGGGCGGCGGAAUUACAAAGGAGGCCGUCUGGCUCCUUUGUCCUGGAUUUGGGAGUUGAGCGCCUUCGUCGCCAUUGGCUUUCCUCCCCCAGCUCCAGCCUCUCUCAUCUUGGGAAUCUGCGUCAGAAGUCACUCGCAGUCCCGCCGGCCCAGCAGCAAGCAUGAAAGCAGGCUACCAGCAAUUUUGAGAGCUUGCAGAAACAGCUUGCAAGGAAAAUGAAGCUCCCUAUUUUCAUAGUAGAUGCAUUCACAGCAAAAGCAUUUCAUGGGAAUCCUGCUGCUGUUUGCCUCCUAGAAAAUAAAUUGGAUGAAGACAUGCAUCAAAAAAUUGCAAAGGAAAUGAAUCUCUCUGAAACUGCUUUUAUCCAAAAACUACACCCAACUGACAACUUUACACAAAGUUCCUGCUUUGGAUUAAGGUGGUUUACACCAGUGAGUGAGGUUCCUCUCUGUGGCCAUGCUACCCUGGCUUCUGCAGCUGUGCUGUUUCACAAAAUAAAAAACAUGAAUAGCACCCUAACCUUUGUCACUCUGAGUGGGGAACUAAAGGCCAGAAGAGAAGAGGACGGUAUUGUCCUGGACCUGCCUCUUUAUCCAGUCCAUCCCCAGGACUUCCAUGAAGUGGAGGAAUUGAUAAAGACUGCCAUAGGUGACACACUGGUUCAGGACAUCCGCUAUUCCCCAGAUACCCGAAAGCUCCUGGUCCGGCUCAGUGAUACUUACAACAGGUCAUUUCUGGAGAGCCUGAAAGUGAACACACAGAAUCUGCUGCAAGUGGAAAACACGGGGAAGGUGAAAGGACUCAUUCUCACCAUCAAGGGAGAGCCUGAUGGGCAGACUCAAGCGUUUGACUUUUACUCCAGAUAUUUCACUCCAUGGUUUGGUGUGGCUGAAGACCCCGUAACAGGGUCUGCACAUACUGUUCUCAGCAGCUACUGGUCCCAGCAACUGGGGAAGAAAGCCAUGCACGCCUUUCAGUGUUCCAGCCGGGGAGGAGAAUUGAAGAUUUCCCUGCGUCCUGAUGGACGAGUUGACAUCAAGGGAGGUGCUGCUCUUGUUUUAGAGGGCACGCUGACGGCCUAGAUGCGCUUGUGCGCGAUGCUGCAAUCUUGACUUACCAAGCAUUUUCCGCGUAGAAAGAAAUGUAAGGGGCUGCUUUGAAUAAAGUUUGCAUAGUAGUCUACUUAAUCCUCACCUUAGACAUAGAACAACAAAGACAUAUUAAUGGAAAUUUAAUAAUGCUUCCUGACUAGUUAACUAAUGGAGUUUUGGCUCUACCUGUGAGUAUAUUUGAAAUGUAAGUAACCAAUAACGAAGAAUAAUGUUGUCACCUUUGAUUAUGAGCACCAAGCACAAAAUGAGGAACAAAUUUAUGAGGAGUAAGAUCAAACCAUUUAAACUUAGGUGUACCAGACAGACUAUUUUGCAGCCAUUGAAAAGACCCAAUAACUAUGAGGAAAUAUGAAAAAAAAUUUCAUGAUACAAUACCAAGAAAGAAAAUCAUGGUUGAGUAUAAACUGUUAGCAAUGUUAUGCUGUGUCUGUGGAGAAUACAAAUUUGUAUAGACAAAGAUGGAUCAUGAAGAUAGAAAAGUGAAAAGAGUUCGCGUGUGGAGGGUAAGAUUGGAGUAAUUUUAAUGUACCUAAAAAGUUAUUUUCUCCAUUGGAACACACUCAUGUUUAAUAACUAAAAAUCAGGACAUGUAACUAAAUAACUAAAAAGCCCAGAAAUUUUUUAAAAUGUAUGUGUGAUAGAGUGGUAGUAAAAUUAAACAUGAAAAGUAA